AGGUUAGUAAGUGUCGUCCGCCGUGUGGUUUGCCCGCAGACACUCGUUCCGCCGGUACCUAGACCAUGCGUAUGAUAUGAUGCAUGUGAUACAGGGCUGUGUAUCAUCGUCCAUUCGCGUCUCGUGGUCUACCUGUGCGGGCAUUCCAUAGUGUUCUCGUUUUAUUCGAUUUGCACGUGCAUCGGCCUCGAUACUUGCGCCGCGUAUGUGUGUGUUUACAGUUAAUCGGUACGCGGUGUUCGGUAUGUGUGGAAUGGCGUGAUGCGGCGGCGCAUAGUGAUGAUGAUGAUGAUGGUAAUAUUAUUAUGAUGUUAUGACCGUCGGAGAGUAUCGUCAUGGCGGGUCUUUUGAGGGCACCGACGCGUUACCAGCACACUAGCGGCGAGGACAGGCUGUCCGGUCCCGAAGAAGGAAUCGAUAAUUUGCUAUUAGUGCCCGAAAGUGUGUUGGCCAUGGACGGCAAUCACUUACGGGACGAUUUGGACGGAUUGAGGUUCGCGUUUCGCAGGCAAUGCUUGCAAGCGGAUCUCGGACCCCAGGGAAACAUUUGGAUAUCGGGGGUAACUACUGUUAACUCUGACAACCGGCCAAGUACUGCGCCAACAGCACCUCAGAAUUCUUCAAAAGGAGGACUUCACUGGUUUGCUCAUGGUGCAGAAUCGUUUGACCCUUAUGACGAUACAGACGAAACAGGCAAAGAAAAUGCGAUUAAAGACCGCGAAGAACGAUUGCGACUCGUUCGCGAGAAACACGAUGAGGAACGUCAAAGAAAACUGGACGAGCUCAAGCAACAGGCGCUGGCCGUUCAAAGGUAUAGGGAACAAAAAGAAGAGGAACGAAGAAGACGCUUGGAAGAAAUGCGUACAAGAGACUUCGAGAGGAGGCAACAAGUAGAAGAGCGAAAACGACAGUUGUUCGAAGCGGAACGCGAAAAACGCGAAGCGAUUCUCAAAAAGAAUCAAGAGCGAGAGGCAAGAAUCGAGUCGAAAAGAAGAAACGAACGGAGUUCGAUUGUUUUCGCUUUUGGCAGUUCAACACCUCGAAUGCUUGAACCGUCGGAAACCGGAGGAUCUUAUUGGGCGAGUCGCAGAGCUACAUCAACCAGCAAUGUGAUGAUGUUGAGCAGUAUGGCUCCAAUGGGUCCCCUCACGAGACGAUCUUCAGAACGAGAGCUAAAUGACUGUUCGGGGAAAAAAAGAGCCGCUUCCGCCGGAGGUCUUUCGAAUCGUAGUUCCGAUGGGGUAACCGAAGGUGAUGGAAGCGCUGAACGUAAAGCGGCCAGACGCAAGACAGACCUGAUGCCCACUAUUGUGUCCCCACGUGAUCUAACGCCUAGCCGCCCUGGAUCAGCCAGUUCGUCCCGUCGUUCUCCAGGUAGGGCAAGUUCGAUGACACGAUUGGACAACGCUGCGUCAUACGGUGGCCGCUUGUCAUCAGCGCGCAGCAUGUGCCACUUGGCCGGUGGGGCUGCGCAAUCUGUUUUAGACGCUAACAAGGAACGCUCAACGCAUCGCAGUAUGAUCGCCUUGAACCCAGUGCCGCCGCCCAGGCUCACUAGAGCCGAGCGUCUACGUAAGCGCGCCAGAGAGUUUGCAAACUCCAAUCCUGCAGGAUCGAAAUCUGGAGAAAUGACACCCAACAAUCGACCACAGAGUUCUAUGAGCCAAUCGAUCACUGGGCCGUCGUCGCAACAACCAAGAUCCAGACCCGUGGCGACACCGCGAAAGCCUCGACCCAUUAGUAUAGCCGUGACCGGUGUUACGUCUUUAGAUCAAUCUGUGAAGUCUCCGGCCAGUGGGGAAAGACCUCCAUUGCCUAAAGUGAACGUUACCAAAAAAGCAAUUACCCCUAAAGUGGAAACAAAGAAAUUCCCUAGUGAUAAAUCGGUAGCAAAGGACAAGAACAAAAUUACAACAAAAACUGUCGAGUCCUCUGAACUUAACGAAUCGGGGAACAUCACCAAAGAUGAAGACAGUCGGAGUAGUUCAGUGCAAGAGUCUACGAACGAAGCAGCAGAAUGUGAUAUGACUGCUUCAAUGUUGGCUACCAAACAAAAGAUUACAACAGAAGUGGAAGCUAAAGCGGCUUUAGCAGAGCGCAGGAGACUGGCACGCGAACAAGCGGAAAGAGAAGCAGAAUUAGAGAGACAACGAUUAGAAGCCGAACGGAUAGCCGAAGAAGAACGAAUUAAACUCGAAGAAGAAGAACAGCGUCGCCAAGAAGAAGAACAAUUGAGACUCUUGGAGGAAGCUAGAAAAGCCGAAGAGUUAAGGUUACAACUUGCGAUAGAAGAAACUAAAAAACGCGAGGAAGAAGAAAAAAAGAAAAAAGAAGAAGAAGUUAAAUUAAAAUUAGAAAAAGAAGAAGCAGAGCGUAAGGCGAAAGAAGAAGCAGAAAAGUUGAGACAAGAAAUGGAAAUUAAACUAAAAAAAGAAGAAGAAGACCGACAAUUGAGACGUAAAAGAGUUGAAGCUAUUAUGUUAAGAACCAGAAACCAAGGGAAAGGAUCUGCUAAUACGACAACUAAAGAAGAGACUGAAUCUGCAGAGUUAAGUGCUGGAGAAAAAAUCGAUAAAACGUCGCCAGAAGUGGAUACCCCUAGUCAAAGCCAAAUAUCUAGUGAUGCUUUUAUAAGUGCAGAAAUAAAUCAUUCGUCUACCCAAUCGAAUGGAGUAGAACCUACUCCCAAACAAAACGGCCAUUCAAAUGAUAGUAACAUUCUUCAUACAAAUGGCAACGGCCUCUCGAACAGCAACGACCAAGCUAACGGCAAAGUUUUCGCUACAGAGCCCAUAAGUAAUGUAACUAGUAAUCUACUCGAUUUAUCGUUGGAGCCUAUUCCUUCGAACACAUUGUCCACUCAAAUCAUUGACAUUGGCAUGAGCAAAUGUGUUCAAGACAGUGCAACUGAUUUUACUACUACAUACCAAGAAAGUAAAAGGCCAGAACAACAAAUUGUUAAUGAUUUAUUAUCAUAAUGAAGGCAAAGUGGGCUGCGGCAGGUGUAUUCUACUUGAUAGUGGAUGAAGUAUUAAAUACGAGUGCUACUUUUAUUGUUAUUAUAUUAUUUUAUCUAAAUUAUUAAUUAGUCGGAAGAGUAGGGAAAUUCAAUAACAAUUAUUUCAAAUCUAGUUUAAUCGUACCAAUCAUACUUCAAUAUUUCUAAUAUAUUAUAUAAUUCUCGUAAAUACUAAAUAAUAAGUACUCUAUACAAUUUAAAUAAUAUUAAUGACACUAAAAGAUGAUCGCUUUGUCUUUAAACUAGAAAACUCGAUCGAUUUACUCGUUUUGUGAAUUUUUACCAUAUUACUAGAAAAUAUGUAAUCUGCUUUUUUUUUUUUUAAUCCGAAAUGUCUUACCGUUCAAUCCACUCAUUAUAGAUUGCACUUUACAACCUACAUGUUACAUUUUAGCUUUUUGAGGUUUUCUUACAUUGAGGUUUGUAAGAAAAAACAACCUGAAUGAUAACGGAAACUUAUUUUAGUGCAAUUUUAAUUGUGUAGCGUUGUUAAAAUGUAAUUUUUCGUUUAAUUAUUGUUCUUAAAUUAUAUAUCCAUGGCAGCUUACAAUGAUGAAAACAACUAUUUUAAUUACUGUAUAUUAUCUUUACACGCUUUUGAUUUUUAAUUUAAAAUGUUUUGUUCUCUUUUAUUUAUACGGAGUAUCCCCUCCUUCUAUCGUUUGUAAUUGAUUUAUUAUUAACACCGUGAUAAUAUCUAUUGAUAUAAGCUGUAAUUUGUUAGUACUGUCAACAUAAAUGUUUAUACUUAAAAAGACAAAGCCAUCUUGUUUUUUUUUUUUUACAUAAUAUAUAAAUAUAUAACGAUAAACAUAAUACCAUUUUAUUUGUAUGAAAUAGGCAAAAGUGUUUAUUAAUUUUUGUACAUUUUAGUGUUAACUAACAAUUAUUAUUUCAACUCUACUAAACCAUGAGUUUUUUUUUUUUUUAAUUCUUAUUUGUAUUCAAAUAGACUAUCAUAAGUGAGUUACACAUCAUUGUUUCAAGUUAUAAAUUAAUCUUAACAUUUUUAUUUUUUUGAAUCGAAUUCAUGUAAAACAAAUAGUGUUGUAAUUUGUCGGUUAAUUGUUAAUUUUGUUUGAUUAAAAAUAUAUCUUAAAUAAUAAAUAAGUAAAAUGUAUACAUAUAUUUAAUUUGUAAAUUUAUUUUAUUAUUAUGUUAACAUUUUAGACCUAAGCGAAACUAUCUAACUUGA